AUGCCGCCAUCGACAAGAGCUGGACAGACGGGAAGGGGCGAUGAUGAUCAAACGACCACAAGCAAUGGACAGGAGGAAGGAUGGCUCACGCAGGUAGUCAGGAUCCUCCAGCUGGCGAACCCGGCACUAUCGGCAGAGGAAGCAAUAGUACGGGCCAUGGGUCUGGUCAACAUUAGCAACCAAGCUCCACGCGGGGAGACCGAAAAGAUCCCCAAGGACGUAUCGAGCUCCAUUGCUCACAUCAAGAAGCUCAGCGAUAGCAAUUGGCACACCUGGGAACCCACCUUUAUCGACUGCCUCCAGAGAGUGCAUAACGCGAAGGAAAUCCUGUAUGGUACCGUUGUACCCGGGAGCGAGGAAUACGAUGAAGACCUAGACAAGGCACUCGUGGGCCUCAUCCACGCCUGCUGCGAUAACAGCCCGGAUAGCCGCAUCGACACCUACACCGUCAGAGGGGUGGAUGAAGAAGUUCAACUUGGUAGCACACUCUAUGCCAAACUCAAGAAGGCACUAACACUAAACGACGCUGUAAAGCGAGCAGGACUGCAGGAUCGUAUCCACACAGUGCGCUUGCACAAUCGAGACGUUGUCAGACUAGGCAAGGAACUUGAUUCGAUCUGGAACGAUGCGGCACGCCUCGGAAAGCGUUUCGACGAGGACCUCAAGAAAUCAACUCUCUAUCGCUGCACGGCUCAAGAUUGGUUCUACGCCAACACCGUCGAUGCACUGAAAACGGCCAAACCAGACUGCAAGUAUGACGAAGCCUACCAUGCACUGGCCAAGAAACAGCAGGAUGGUGAGAUCACUGGUCGUAUUAGAGGAGCAGCAAGGGUCGCCACAAACGCGGAACAGGGGAGUGCCAACCAGGCGGAGCAAGGACCCAGGGGAAGGCGCGAUCCUCGCAAUCCCUUGGCCCCUCCAAAGUGCUAUGCUUGCGGAGGACCAAAUCACAUUGCUCGAAAUUGCACAAACGCACGAGGCACAAGCGAACCUGUCGCUCGUGCAACCCAUCAUAUGGUAAAUGAUGAGAGAAUGCUGCUCACCUCAACGAACAAGGUCGGCCAAAUCAGUACGGCAGGGGACGAAAAGCUUCAGGUGAAGGCUAUAGGAGAUGCCUCCCUUCGGGUCGGUGAGGCCACCAUCCAACUAUUGGAUGUGCUUUAUGUACCGAAACUGAAUGCUAACUUAUUGUCCGUACAAGGCUUGAUCGAGAAUGGUGCACGAGUAAUCUUCGAUGAGUUUGGAACUACCAUAAAGCAGAACGAUGGUACCCAAGUACAAUUCAAAAGGGACAGAAGACAGGGCCACUUCAAAGUGCGAGGACAAGCACUGGCUUUGGAACUGGAGGAAACACGAGAUGGCGUCCCAGAGGACAACCAGAACACAGGAAAACUAGAUAAUGCCCCAGAGGGCAAUAAGGACACGAAGCAUCGAGACAGCUACCUAUGGCAUGAGAGGUUCGGACACCCAGGACGAGACAAAACGAGACAAAUCCGGGCCCAUUACCUAGGUACCGAUGAGGAAAUGGAACAUGAGUCGAAGCACUGCAAUGCGUGCAGUCAAGGAAAACAGACUCGAGCACGGAUGAGCCAAUCAGAGUCGGAAAGAAUGGAGGCACCAUUAGAGCUGGUACACGUAGACCUGAUGACAGAUUUCAAAGGACAUGCCAACUACCACUAUGCACUAGUUGCUGUGGACGACUUCUCCUCUCUGAUCUACGUGGAACCACUCUGCACAAAGAGUGCUGCACUCACGGCGCUGAGAAGGUGGAUAGCCAGGAUGGAACGGGCAACGGACAGGAAACUCAAAACACUCCGCAGCGACAAUGGAGGAGAAUGGUGCAGCAUAGCAGCCGAAGACUGGCAAACUCAAGAGGGUUUUAAGUGGCAAAAGAGCGUCCCGGGGAUCAGCGUCCAAAAUGGACGGGCAGAGAGAGCAAUCAGAUCGGUCCAAGAAAAGAUGCGCUCGAUGCUGAUUGGUCGAGCUUGCCCUAGAGAGUUGUGGCCGUAUGCAAUCACAGCAGCAGCACACGUGAUGAACCUUACCCCGUCAGCCACCAAAACCAUUCCCCACGAGGCCUUCUAUGGAACCACUGCGCACAAGCUGGCCCAGCAACUGCGAGUCUUCGGAUGCUUGGCAUGGGUUCAUGUUCAACAGAAGGACCAGCAAGGCAAGCACGGAGCUAGAGCAAAGCCAGCCAUCAUGAUUGGGUAUGACGACGAACACAAAGCAUGGAAGUUUUGCAACCCGGACCAGCCUGCGUCAAUUCAAUGGAGCAACUCAGCAACGUUCCAUGAGGACAAAGGAUGGAGUGAUCGCCAACAAGAGGCAGUCAGGCCUGUGGUGACCGCGGAGGUCGAGGAGGAGAGUGUCACGCCAGCCAUAGUGGAGGAGGAGACCAAAUCAGAGGCUGCAGUGGAGGAUCUCCUAACAGCCGAAGACAGCACAGUAGGCGCCGCCAACACAGCAAUACUGAACCUGGACCCAACACUUGGGGAAGCAAUGGAUGGUGAGGAUGCCCAGCUCUGGAAGGAGGCAAUACGAAAGGAGCUAGAAGGACUCGAGGCAAUGGGGACUUGGGAGGUGGUGCACCAACCGCCAGGAGUACCACUUGUGGACUCUAAGGUUGUGCUUCGGCUGAAGCUUGAUGCUGAUGGUGUACCUGUUAAGCACAAGGCACGACUGGUUGCAAGGGGCUUCACACAGAGAGAGGGGAUCGACUACCAAGAAACUGUCAGGGGUCUCGCGCCUGAAACCCAGCUAUUUGUCAGGGGUCUCGCGCCUGAAACCCAGCUCGGCACGAUCGAUAUCAAUGUUAUGAUGACACCAAGGUCUGGUGUGAGUGUUAAUGAUGAUGAGGUUGAUGGUGUUGGUGAUGGGAUUGGUGAUGUCGAUGAUAAUGAGGUUGAUGGUGUUGGUGAUAAGGUUGGUGGCGUCAACACGAGUGUCCAGUGUGUUGACUUGAUGCUUGAAGUGAUCCCCGGACCGCAGUGGACUACUGCCUUCGGUUCUAUCUAUAUCCGGACCGCUAACCUGCUAUAG